GAGCCUUUGAUAGAGGCAGCAGGAGGGUGGAGGGAGGGAGGCAGGGAAAGUGAGCAAACAGACAGAGAGAGAAAGCAGACGGUUUCAGGUUCAAGCACAGUGAACACGAGAAGAGAGAGUGGGGCACGAAGAGUUUGGGAAAGAAACAAAGAAGUUGACGCCUACGGAUGCUCAGGAAGCGAAGAGGUCUAACAGAAUGGAUGUGGAUCAGUUCGAAGACAGUCAGAGUGAUAGUGGGGUUUCUGCGGAUUUCUCCCCAAACAGCACCACGGAUGUCUCAUCCACUUCUGUAGCCUCUUCCUCUCCAGAUCCCAAUGAAACCCCAAUUGAGAGGGAGAUCCGCUUGGCCAUCAAACGGGAGCAAAGCUUGCGCCGGUCCCGUGGCCUAAAACCCAAGGAAGACAAGGCGAAGGAGUUUGUGGAAAUUCCUAUGAGGAAGUUGAUCCUUUCCCAGGAUCUGCCGCUCAAGUCUGUGAAGAACGAAGGCAAGGACCGUCAGUUUGCUGGGAACAAAAUGCAGAGAGAAAUCAGGGCCGAGGCAGAAAGGGAGAAGGUUCUUGUCCAGCUGGGUAGGUUGCCUGGAUUUUAUGACAAAGGUACUGUGAGGCAACUUCGGGAGAAGAAGCUUCUGUUCGAAGCCUUCCAGGAACCCAAAGAGGCUCCUGAAAUCCAGAUCAAGAGGCCGUCCUCUGUUAACUCCUGUGAGAUUUCUAAUGGUGGAACUCAGGUCGAUGAGAUGUCUGGAUUCCUCAAGAAACGCACAUGGAGCUUGGAUCAUCUUCUUCAGGAUCCAAAUGGUAACCAUUCAACAGUUGGCGGGUUGACCCUGACCUCCAGCGGACCCCAUGGUCCUGGACUCACUGAGGGUACCAAAGGUCAGGUGAUCAUCCUAGAAAACACUCCUUCACCUGUCGCUCACACAUCUGGCCAGGUGGAAAAGCCAACCAACAGGUCUGUGACUGUGGUGGACGGGCCAGGAAGGUCUUUCUCCGUGAAGCCUUACUGUGUCGGACGAGUCCAAAACCAGGAUGACGGCGAUGAAGGUAGUGAUAAUGACGAACGGUCGGCUGCCCUGAAUGAAAACCCUUUCUUUAAGCUGCGAUCGUCGCUGUCUCUGCGGCCGGAAGUGCAGCAAGACAUCCGGGAGGCCAGAGAGAGAGAAAAGGAACUUCGAAAGCAAAGGACCAGCAUUUAUGGCCGGGGGUCAGAGGUCGAGGGUGCCAGAUCCCCUACAAAUCCCCCGUCGACACACAGAAACCUGACCGCAGCAGAGCAGCCAGCGAAAACAUCGAUCACAAUUACAACUACAUCAGUGCGUCAGUCUCUUGGUAAGCUGGAUGUGACGUGGCCUCCUCCGCCACAGGAAGAACACACAGCACAGUCUGAGGUUCAAAAAAGUCCAAAGCGGCAGAAGAAUGUGUUGCUACAGCGCUGGGAGAAUGGCCUGGUCAACGGACAUGGAGACCAGCAGGAAUGACCACCGCACAACUCGGAAAACCACUGCAAUGGGAGAAAAUGCCUCCAACAGCUGCCGCAGCUUAAAGCCUAUUGGCUGCAUGUUUAGAUAAGGAAACACACUGGAAGCUAAUAUGCUAAUGUUAGCUGAUAUGCUGGAAUACUGGAGCUUAAGAACAAGUGUAAACACACUGGACUCUGACAGAGAGAGGACUGUGGACACUGAACUGACCAGCAGCUGCAGGAGGAGAGCAGACAGAGCUGGAAGAAUUGAAUUAAUGCUUGAUAAACAUGCCAUUAUUCUUUAGUUAGCCAUUAGUGUCUGGAUGAGCGCUGGGUGUGAGCUUAUUUGCUUUAUGAAAUUUCUACACUUUGUGGUAAACAACAGUCUUUCAAUGCUGAUAUGUUUUUUUUCUGUGUACAUUUUCGCUCUAAUGUCAAAGUUACGAGGUCAUUAAGUAGUAAAAAAGGAACUUUGCUAAAUGUAAGUUAGCACCCCUGGGCAUUGAACUGACAUCAUAAAGGACUAUCAAGAAAACAAACAUAUGUACAUUAAUGCUAUCUUUCACAUUGAGUCCAAAACUAACAGACUGCAAUUCUGCGGAAUUAUUUUUUAUCUGAGCCUCUUUUGGCACCAAUUUGGUUUGCAAAAUGUACACAGGGAAAAAUAAAUUGGCUUUGGAAAUCAAUAGUUGAACACAUUGUGCGUAAAAUUGCUAUUUAUUUUUCUAUAGGCAGUAGCGGCUUCCUUUAGGCAUGUUGUCAACUAUUAAACGACGCACAAUCUCAGUGGUAUGUAUUAUAGGUAGAAUGUAAAUUUAUUAUGCUAAUUAACCUCAAACACUCUCUGACAAGUCAAUGAUAUUAUUAACUUCUCAUCGAUUAUAAAAUCGAUUCAAUUACUGUUCUUUCAGUAAUGAUUCAGUGCAUCAAGAAAUGUCAAAUUUCAGUAUGAUUUGAUUAUUUUGGUACAGUUGCGAAUUAUUUAAAACUACACUGAACCACGAAGUAGUUGAAUAUAGACAAUAAUAUAAAUAUAAUAAAUAUAGAUAUAUAUUAUAUAUAAAUAUAAACUUAUUAUUAAUAUUUUUUAAAGAAUUUCACUUUGGCCCAAAAAAAUGAACAUGUACUCCAUUGUAUAUUAUUAUAAUUAAGUAUAAUCGAUUCAAUCAGGCCAAAAUCGAUGCAUAUUUACAUAGAAUAAUCAGCAAAAAAUCAGAUGAAUGUAGCAUUGCUCAGUAGAACAGCUGAGUGAACAAAUGCCAUGGAAAUAAAGACAGUCUUUUUAAUGA